UCAAGAUGCUGCUCAAGCGUCUGGCUGUUGCCAAGAAGAACGGAUUUGAGAUUGAGGACGACCUUUUCUGUGGCGGCUGCGAGUCAUACCAACCGAUGAAGGCGACCUCCUGUGACGAAUGCGACGAUGCGCUUCCAGACGACCCCGAGAAGCUGCGUAUCCUUGUGCUGCGCAUCGAGCAAGCGACCACGUCCAAGGCCUAAAGUCCCAAACUGCACGUCUACGUAUUCUCCACCAUGAAACGAGGCACUUGCAUUCUUUGAAUAUACGACUUAUGGACAGCUACAGA